UGUCGUCUGAAAGUUUCUUUCUUUUAUCUUAACCUUGAAGCAAGAUUCCGAAGAAAAGUAUAUACUCCUUUAAUUUUCCAUGGUUUCACACGACAAAACCAGCUCUCAUCUCCUUCAUUCCCAUUACAUAUUUUUGUCUUUAAACCCUCAAAACGACAAAAAUAAAACAAAAACGGCAAAACUUUUUAUAAUUUCCAGACACAUAAUAUAAACACAAACUUUAUGCAGAAACUACUAAUCAAGAAACAUAAAAUUUUGAAACCUCUCUCUGUUUCUGUCUCUCUCAGUUAUGAAACUAAUAAUACAUCAAGUCUUCAUCUUUUGGUUCUUCUUACCAUUCUCUGCAAUCUCCGGUGAUCAUGGUGAUUAUAAAAAUCUCAUCUUUAAAGGUUGUGCAAACCAGAGGUACCCAGACCCAACUGGUGUUUUCUCUCAGAAUCUCAAAAACUUGUUCGCUUCUUUGGUUUCUCAGUCAGCACAGAGCUCUUUCGCGUCCACAACCUCCGGAACUGAUAACGCCACCGCCGUGAUCGGUGUUUUUCAGUGCCGCGGCGAUCUCCACGCUCCUCAGUGCUCAGAUUGCGUAUCUAAAAUCCCUAAACUCGUCUCUAAACUCUGCGGAGGCGGCGGAGACGACGGUAAUGUGGUGGUGGCGGCUCGUGUUCAGCUCGCCGGGUGUUAUAUCCGGUACGAAAUCUCGGGGUUCCCACAGACUUCCGGUACUGAGAUGUUGUUCCGUCUCUGCGGGAAAAAACAGAGCGGUGAUCCUGGGUUCUCCGGGAAGAGAGAUACAGCUUUUGAUAUGGCGGAGAACGGUGUGAAAACAGGUGGAGUCAGUGGUACCGGUGGCGGCGGCGGAGGAGGAGGGUUUUACGCGGGGCAGUAUGAGUCGGUGUACGUGUUGGGACAGUGUGAGGGUAGUUUGGGAAAUUCAGAUUGUGGUGAAUGUGUGAAAGAUGGGUUUGAGAAAGCAAAGAGUGAGUGUGGUGAGUCCAACUCUGGACAAGUUUAUCUUCACAAGUGCUUCGUUAGCUAUAGUUACUACUCUCAGGGUCAGGGUGUUCCAAACAUAGAACCACUCUCAGGUGGAGAGAAGAGACAACACACAGAAAGGACGAUAGCUUUGGCGGUGGGAGGAGUUUUUGUUUUAGGGUUUGUCAUUGUUUGUUUGUUGGUUUUGAGAUCUGCCAUGAAGAAGAAGAAGACUACUAAAUAUGAUGCUUACUGAUUUUUUUUUUUUUUUUACUCAUUAACCCCAAUAAAAACAAUCAACAAAAUUUUUAUAAGGUUAAUUAGAAAAAUGAAUAGAUAAGCUUUUCCAAACUGUAUAUUCAACUAUUAUACUGAUUUAAGAUUGUUUGCAUUACAAAAAGUUACAUGGAAAUCAAGAAAAUAUCAAUGCACAUAACAUUCAUUUAUAUAUAUUUCUGGACA